AUGGCGCUGAACUACAUCACCUUCAACCAGGACCAUAGCUUCCUGGCCGUCGCGACCUCGGAUGGCAUGCGUGUCUACUCGACCAAUCCCUUCGCCCUCCUGUUCCAGACCCCACUCACCGAGAAUGGCGCAUCCGGCGACAUUGCCAUCCUCGAGAUGCUCUUCUCGACCUCGCUCGUUGCCAUGAUCCUGUCGCCGCGCCAUUUGCGCAUCGUCAACACAAAACGCCAGACCACCGUAUGCGAGCUCACCUUCCCUGCGAGGGUCGGCGCCCUCAAGCUCAACCGUAAACGUCUUCUCGUCGUCAUGGAGGACCUCAUCUUCGUCUACGAUGUUUCGUCCAUGAAGCUGCUUAGCGAGCUCGUCACUCCCUCGAACCCGUAUGCCAUUUGCGCUCUCUCGCCAGACAGUACGAACAACUACAUCGCCUACCCCAUGCGUAAGAAGGAAUACAUGGCUCAGCCUGCCCCGACACACGUCCCUCCGGCAGGCCCCAGACAACCAGAACCCAUGGGUGGAGAUGUCAUGCUUUUCGAUGCGAAUGACAUGCAAGAAGUCAAGGUCAUUCCCGCACACCAGGCCCCUCUGUCUUGCAUAGCCAUGAACAAGGAAGGUACAUUGCUGGCUACAGCUUCUGAAAAGGGCACUGUCAUCCGUGUCUUCGCCAUUCCUUCCGCCCAGAAGCUCUACCAGUUCCGCAGAGGCAGCAUGCCUGCCAGAAUCCACAGCAUGUCUUUCAACGAAAGAAGUACAUUACUCUGUGUUUCCAGUGCUACCGAGACCAUCCACAUCUUCCGUCUUUCUGGCGACAACACCAUGCCACAAGGUCUGGAAUCUCCCUCUGAAAACGCCCCCUCAACACCGCGACGCUACCAGCGUGAUCGCAGUGAUAGUCCCACUGGAUCCUCUGAUCCUUCAUCUAGCACUAACCUCGGAGACUCUCCUGCUGAUCCGUCUGCAAAACCCCUACGCUCUCCUGGCUGGAUGUCCAUGGUCCGACGUACCUCUCAAAACGUUUCCACAUCCUUCGUGUCUCGUGCCGCAGGAUACUUGCCCAAGGGAGUCACCGAGAUCUGGGAGCCGACUCGAGAUUUUGCAUGGGUGAGGAUUCCCAAGGGCCGUAAUGGUAGUCCUGUGAAGAGCGUUGUCGCCAUGGCAGAAGCUGCUCCCGAGGUCAUGGUCGCCACUAGCGAAGGCGAUUUCUUGAUCUACAACAUCGAUCUUGAGAACGGAGGCGAGGGUACUCUAGUCAGGCAACAUUCUGUGCGCGAAAGGAGCGAAACGCAUAGCGGCUUCAACACCGAAUAG